AUGGAAAAGCAAGUGGGUUUGUUUGUUUUUUUACUUAAGACUUCUGCAAUGGAGACCAAUGAGUUUGACUCGUCCGACGAAGAACCCUCGGAGAAGGAAGAUACUCCUUUCCAAGUAUCUUGGCUUGCCCUCUCCCCAGUUUAUUCUCAAUUUCUGGGAAUAUGUGCGCUACCAGGUUGUCGAUUCAAAAAUAUAAGAAGAAGUCUUCAGAAGGACAUAGAGGAAUUGAAGACCUAUGGGAUACAGGACAUAUUUGUACUCUGUACCAGAGGAGAGCUCUCCAAAUGCCGAGUCCCACACCUUUUGGCAACAUAUCAAGACCAUGGGUUCAUUGUGCACCAUCACCCUAUUCCUGAUGGAGAGGCGCCAGACUUUGCCCAAUGCUGUGUGAUCCUCAACGAACUUAGGAGCUGCCUGGAAUAUAAUCGGAAGACCUUAAUACACUGUUAUGGAGGACUUGGACGAUCCUGCCUGAUAGCCGCUUGUCUCCUGCUUCAGCUCUUUGACUCGGUUUCCCCACAGCAGGCCUUAGACAGCCUGAGAGACUUGAGGGGUUCAGGCGCAAUACAAACCAUAAAGCAGUACAACUAUCUCCAUGAUUUUCGGGAGAUUUUGGCUGCCCACAUGCUGACAGAAGGCAUACUAGGAAGAUCAGUAUCCCGGUAAUGCCAAAAGAAAGUGGACUUGCUCUGACUCUUAGAUUGCCGUAACAGAAAGUGAAUCUGUCUCCAUGUCUCUUGGGAACUUUUAAUUACCAGCUAAUUGCCUUGGAAGUUUCUUUGCUAGGAAAAAGAAUAAUACUUGUAAAGAGGAGGGGAGUAUGUAUAAAGAUU